GAGAAGAGAUACGUCAUGGGGGAUGCCCCCAACUUUGACAGAAGCCAGUGGCUGAGUGAGAAAUUCAGUCUUGGCCUGGACAUUCCCAAUCUGCCCUACUUAAUUGACGGGCCGCACAAGGUCACCCAGAGCAAUGCCAUCCUGCGCUACCUUGGCCGCAAGCACAACCUGUGUGGAGAGACAGAGGAGGAGAGGAUUCGUGUGGAUACUCUGGAGAACCAGGUCACGGACACCCGCAUACAACUCAUGAUAGUCUGCUGCAGUCCUGACUUUGAGAAGCAGAAGCCAGAGUUCUUGAAGGCUAUCCCUGAUAAGAUGAAAAUCUACUCUGAGUUCUUGGGCAAGCGCCCAUGGUUUGCAGACGACAAGGUCACCUAUGUGCAUUUCCUUGCUUAUGACAUUCUUGACCAGUACCGUAUGUUUGAGCCCAAGUGCCUGGACGCCUUCCCAAACCUGAAGGACUUCCUGGCCCGCUUCGAGGGCCUGAAGAAGAUCUCUGCCUACAUGAAGAGUAGCAGCUUCCUCCCAAGACCCGUGUUUACUAAGAUAGCCCAGUGGGGCACUGAUUAGGCCCCUGCCAUGCUGGCACUCACAGGGGGACCUGUCCACACUGCAGAUCCUGCAGGCCCUGGGUGGGGACAGCACCCUGGCCUUCUGCAGUGUGGCUCCCGGUUCUCUCUCCUUCCCGCUCCCUUCUGCUGCUGUGUCAGCCCCAUCUCCUGGCCCUCACCUGAGUCAAGCCCA